UUUACUACCGCGCCGCCGCGCUGUCCCACCCGCUACAGAUUUCCGAGUCGGCCAAUGCGGGCCAGUCCGUGCAGUCGUGCGAUGCGGAGUGCCGCUCCAUCGCCGACUGCAUGGGAUUUACCUUGGUGGGUGCGCCAACACGGGUGGCACAGGCAGACCUGACGGCGGAGCAGGUGAGCAUGGAUGGCAGCUAUACGGACAAAGUGGCGACGAACCCGCUCGGGUACGAACGUGGCAGCUCCCCCUGGGGAGACACGUGCGCUUUCACGGCGGGGACCGGCGCUACCGACAGCACUCCGGAGACGGGUCUCAACUGGUGGCGGGUCGGGUUCAAGAAUUCCAUUCGGCGGCACAUGUCCCACCUGCACCUGUUCAACCGGGAUGUGUCGGACCCCUCGCUGAAGGAACGCCUGGACUACGCGACCGUGUGGCUGGAUCCGCCGAUCACAGUGGACGAAGAUCAAUCGAGCAACUACGCCGCCAUCGCGGGGGAGCUGUACGGCCUGCUCACCGGCGGCACCAUGGUGGCGGGCACGGACUACAUUCAGCUCGGGCGCGUGCUACCGGGCAGCGAAGGCGGCACGGUGGUCAGCCUGGACGCGGGCAGCGCCACCCUCUUGGCGAAGCAGCCGGUGCAGCGGGUGUACGUGCUAGCCCAAUUGGACCGCACCUCCAAAGGGACGUCAUACACCUUUGGGGACGACCCCCUUACAAUCUGCGGCGCCCACGUGUACGUCUACGAAGGUGCGACCAGUGAGGGCAAAGGGGCAAAGUGUUCCUUCUUCCGCAAAACCGAGCGGGCGUGCGCGAGGACCGGACCGACCAGCGGGCCGACCAGCGGGGCCGGGAGCUUGGCGUACUACACCUUGGCAAGGAACCAGGAAACCUGCCUGGAGCGGACGGAGGUGCCGAAGGUGGACUCGGUUUCCUGCGCUCCCGCGUUUUACGGUUCCUGUGUACCCCCGUCUGGCGUAUCGUACGAGGCCGACCUGCUGCUACUGCGGUAUUCCGGCGAACAGCGCCCCUACACGCCGAGCGAGUGCCGCUACCUGUGUUCGCAGGAAAAGGAAUGCUCCGCGUUUUUCCUCACAACCGCGUUCCCGCGUACGUGUGACCUGGUUCGAGAAGGGUGCUCCACCAACGCACAGGACGCGGACGCCGUGACAGGGUACGAGAUGCGCAGUUGCCGUCUGGCAUCCCGUUCGGUCGCGCUGGGCGUGCACGCGCAUCCGGGGGCCAGCGCCGUCGGGUACGACGUGUGUCCCGCGGAGUUCAGUGGAAUCCCGCUGAACUUCGAUGAGAAAACGAGCUUGGCGCUACCCACGGCGAACGGGAACUUGAAGGUCUGCGACGCGCGCUGUCGCGAGGACCCGGAAUGCGCUGGCUUCGAGAUGUGCAAUAUCCUGUGUAAAAACGUCCCCACACGACCAGAGUCAAGCUGGGAAAUCUGCUAGACAAAUCAACCAGCUUUAAGUGGUUUCGCAUGACAGGCUUGCCGUCGUAGUGUGCUUCUGUUUUAGCUAGUUAAGCAGCAUCACAGACCUAGAUUGUCAUGCUGAUUCUAGCAUCAAAAAUCCCUAAACACGAAUAGAGAAUGCUUCUCAUGGGGCUCCGCAUGAGAAACUUUUUUGGCGUGUAGAUUUGCAUGACAAGAACUCUAGUGUGGGGACGUUUUUGCUCAGGAGAUGCAACGACUCCCCGUCAGCUACCGGCUUUUGCGCGAACGAUGGAUAUCCAAGAAAAAAGCUGCGUGAGUGUAGGUGUCUUGGAGAGACAGCAUGACAAAAUUGCUCUACAUGACAAAGAAAACCUGUCAUGCGCAGCCUGUACGUGAAAAGACAUACGAAAACAGGAGUUGAUGGCUGACCAGCAUGACAGGUGUGAUUGUGUUGUGUGUUUCCCAUCACAGAUUUACACUCACAUAGUUUUUUUCUUGCAUAAUGGAGGCUGUAAAUUUACAAAGGCUGGCUUUUCUCGGGGCGAGGAUAUCACACCUGGUCCGGACCAGCCAAAGCCGAAGAAGCUAAAGACAACGAAAUACUACUCCCUCGAGAAGAACAGCGCCUAUUGCCUCGACAGCUCCGCGGUCCCGCCGAUUGACACGGAUUCCUGUCCUAUCGAAGAAAAAAACACCAUCACAAUCACAAAAUUCAAAUUUUCAAAAUUUUUGACCAUCAAAAUUAAAACUUCGUUGGACUUUCGCGGCACUCCCGAACCUGUUGUAUCUGGUUUUGAAUGUUGAGUUUUGCAGCAGAUGACUUAUGAUAUUGGCUAUUGGCGGUAAGCUAGCUAGUUAAGAAGAGAGAUUUCUGAAGACAAUCGCUCAGCUUCCAGCAGACGAACAGUGGUAGUGUGGGUUGUCGCCCUCUGGCCCCACCUGGGGCCAGAGGGCGACAACCCCAUCUACCAAGCUUCGUCUGCUGGAAGCUGAUCGUUUGUCUUCAGAACUCUUUCUUAACUAGCUUAUUCAAGCCGCCAUUUUUGACAUAACCAAAUAGCUAACACAAAAAUAAAUACAUUCGCAUUCGAGAAUUGAAAAGUAUUUUCUUACCUGAAAAUCAAAAUAAUUUUUUGUUCAGCUCCUGCAAAAUUUUGAAAAUUUGAAUUUUGUGAUUGUGAUGGGGUUUUUUUCUUCGAUAUGUCCGAAGAAUGGCGGCCCGGGAAUAAUUCUCACGACGCACGGCAGUUGCCCUGCGUAUUGAGAGGAAAAAUCCGCCCUCCCCAUAUCGAAGCGGUAUGUUUCCGAAAAUUUGUGUUGCUGAUUUGAGACCACAAUCCAUGUCUGUCCUGCAAGAGGACAAGCGCAGAGGCUUCCGCGCCAUUAUGGAAGCGAUUUGGCAUGCUGUUGGGCCUAGGGGGCAGCUGUUUGUAAUGCUAAACAACUAGACCCGAUCCCGAACGCCCCUCCCUAGGCUGAGGAUCUGGCUGCGAUGCCUUAUUGCAGGACAGCGCGCAUUUGUGUACGGAAAUCCACCGUCAGGAACUUCGUCGCGAUAUGGGGAGGGGGGAUUUUUCCUUACGAUACUGCGGACGGGUCCGCUUCGAGGUUCUACCAAGACAACCGGCGAGAGUACACGGUGGCCGAAUGUCGGUACCUGUGCGCUGUCACGAAAGGUUGCGACUCGUUUAUGCUAAUUUUGUACGAGACAGGGGCAGGAGACCGAAAACACUGCGCGCUGUUGUCCAAUGCUGCGAAAUGUGGGAAGCGAACGACCGCCACAAAGUGGCAGUCGUGGAAGCUCGAGACCUGUCGCACGGCGACCUCCACGACGACGACUACGACGCGUCCCAUGGAAGACGUGCACGCGACCCCGAU